CGCCCAUGUAUGAGCGCUAGUUCGGUACUCCAACGAAGAUGUCAUGUUUUGCUGUUAUAGUUGAUGCUAAACUAGCCCAAUCUACAAGACAACUACUUGAAGAGCAAGGACUAUGGGAAAGCAGACGAAGACUAGUACGAUUGGAAAAUGGUAAAAUUGCUAUUCCAAUUACUGAAUAUGCAAAAUCUACCUACUCAUCAUGGAUGUGUGAUAAACUGCAUGGUUUAAUGUUUACAGUUGACUCUCUCCCACUACCACUUUCCAAGAAAGCCCUGUUGUCAACACCGUAUGAAAGAUUGCUGCAUGAUGUCCGACACUGCGUAGAAUCGAAAGGCCACGUUUGGGAAACAAUAUUGCAAGAUGACAUACCAAGACAUUGGGAAAAGCACAAUGACUUGGUAUUAUUUCCUGAUUGUGUGUUCACUCACAGACUGUGGAAGGAUUUGGAGAAUGAUUUGUGGAGAGUGGUAGCUGACGCCACAGGAGUAUCACGUGUUGCUAAAAAGAGUCGCAUUACCAGUGAUGGAUAUAGAACUCCCAUGGUGUAUCUGCUACUUGGCAAUAAUGGAUGGGUGGAGCACACAGAUAAUGGCAUCAGGUAUACAUAUGAUGUCACAAAGUGUAUGUUUUCUAUUGGAAAUAUUACUGAAAAAUUGCGAAUAGCCAAGAUGUGUUGUCAAGGAGAAACCAUAGUAGAUCUCUACACAGGUAUUGGAUAUUUUACACUACCAUAUCUGGUACAUGCUGGUGCCUCAUUAGUACAUGCAUGUGAGUGGAACCUGAAUGCAGUAGAAGCAUUAAGGAAGUCACUGGUACUGAAUGGUGUUCAAGACAAGUGCAUUAUUCACAUAGGAAAUAACAGAGAGGUGUGUCCUACAGGCGUGGCUGAUAGAGUGAAUCUGGGCCUAAUUCCAAGUUCAGAAGAAGGAUGGCCCACAGCUUGCAAAGCACUGAAAGCAUCCACAGGAGGGUUUCUGCAUAUCCAUGGAAAUGUGACAUGUGGAAUUCAGGAGGGAUCCAGCAGACAAUCAAAAGAUUCAGAGAAUGGAGACCUAGAUACAACAAGCAGUACAACAGAGGUGGAUUUUAAAAGUAACGAUUGUGUGAAAGAAGAAUCACUACCAACAUCAUACUCAAAUACCAAGCUGACAUUGUCCAAAGAGUGGCGACUGUGGGCGGAGGCAGUAUCAAGGAGAAUAGAGCAGCUGUUAAUUGAUAUUCACAAUAACAAAUGGACGACGUGUAUUCUUCAUAUUGAGCAUGUGAAAUCAUAUGCACCACAUAUUGAUCAUCUAGUUUUGGAUUUGGAAUGUAGACCAAGGAAGUAAACUAUUAUUGAUAAUGCUAUAGUGUACAGAGCCAAGUCAUCUGAAUGUAUACUAUGUUUGUUUUUAAUGCAGUUUCAGUUUAAAUAAAGGAAAAAAAGUGUUUUGUCCAGAGCUUGAUAUCAUUCAAAGUCAACACAAAAACCAUAGAAGAGAACUUCACAUCUAUUAUUUUUACCAUUAUGUGUGUAAGAACCAUA